GUUAAUGGAUAGAGUAACCAGUAUCAGUACCCUGUAAAGUUGCUUACAAGGAACAUUUCAGCUAUUAUGUCCUGGAUAUGGUAAAACGACGCAGGGCAAUUAUUAACUUAAGGAUAAUCUAUGAAAUAAGUUUACAGCAUGUUCAGGAAUUCAAGCAAAAGUUCCAGUGAACAUUCAAAUCACUAAAAUGACCAAAAUAUCUUGAUCUGAAAUAUAUUAAUUAGCUCCUGACAAGAAACUCUAGCACUUGGAUGUUUCCAAUGGUCUUAAACUCUGCAACUUAUUGUCACCAGAAAACACAUAUAUUAAAGAAUAUAAUAAUUGAAGGAACAUGUCUAAUAAUGCAGAAAUCAUCAAUCUAUCAUUUUUAUUAGAGCAUGAAAAAGAAACAAUAUUGGGAGUGUUAAAAAGAGAUGAAUACUUGAAAAAAAUGGAAGAUAAACGAAUCAGAAAACUAAAGAAUCAGUUAUUGGAAGUGAAACAUAAAGGUGGACGGCAUCACCAGCAAGAUAACAGCAGGGUUUGCACUUCCUGUCAGAAAAAUUUGGGCUUAAUUUUUGACAGAGGUGACCACUGCCAAAUAUGUGGCCUGAGAGUUUGUAACAAAUGUCAUGUUUUAGGAACUGAUGGCAAUUGGAAGUGCUCAGCGUGUGAUAAAAUUGCGCAGCUUAGGGUAGUAACAGGUGAAUGGUUCUUUGAAGAGCGAGCAAAACGCUUCAAGCAGUCCAAGCUCCUUGGAACUGAUAUUGUUCGGCAGUCUAUUCUUUGCAAAGCUCCAGAUUCUUCCCCUGAAUUCUUGGAAGGCAGAUCCAAAGAUCAUUCUCCAAAAACCUUAGAGGAUACACCAAAGCAAAAUAUAUUCACUUCAUUUACAAGUGGAACAAAAUUAGUUCUCACUAGGCCCAGGAAAAUAGGGGGGAACACCUUUCCCUUAGAUAGCCAUCUUGGAGGCAAUAUGAAAAAUGUUGAAAGCCAAAUCAAUGCUUCUACUCUACUCUAUCCAAGGUCACCAGCACUGAGUGCAUGCAGCAUGACUAUUGACUACAGCAGGGAUUCUGAAUUAAAAAACAACAUUGUUAUGCCUAUCAGUGAAAGUAUCCCUGCAGAUUUAUCAAAAAGGCAUUGUAAGAAGAGUUCUAGAACACCUUCUGUGACAAUUUCUAGGACAUCUUUUACAUCUGAUCGCAGUAGAUCAGAGAGAUAUCUCAGUGGAUCCUUUUCAGAAGGAAAUGAUACUUUAAGCUUAAGAAGUAAAUCUGUACCUGGAGCACUGGACCAUGAUGUGGACUACCUGAAUGAAGCAGAAGAGGAUAUGGAUGACAUUAUAGCCUCUGGCUUUUCAAAAAGGCAAAGUAAUUUGGCAAGUGGAAUUUCCACAAAUUCUCCUUCAAAUUCUGAGAGGAAAUGGAACUAUUUAAAUGUUCCAGAAGCAGAUGGUGAUACUACCAGCAUUAACAGUAUGAUGAGUGUUUACAGUGAAACUGGGGACUAUGGAAACGUGAAUAUUAGUGGUGAAAUUUGUCUGCAAAUCAGCUACAACUAUAAAACAGGAGGUCUUAACAUACUUGUAAAAAAAUGCAAGAACUUGGCCAUUGCUGAUGAAAAGAAACAAAGAACAGAUCCUUAUGUCAAAGCAUAUCUUCUGCCAGACAAGUCUCGCCAGAGCAAAAGAAAGACAAAAAUCAAAACUAAUAGCACUGAUCCAGAAUUCAAUGAAAUGCUUAAGUAUGUCAUUAGCCACACGCAGCUUGAGACUCGGACUCUGCAACUUUCUGUCUGGCAUUAUGACAGAUUUGGGCAUAACAGCUUUCUGGGAGAAGUAGAGAUUCCCUUGGACUCCUGGAACUUUGAAAAACAAACUGAUGAAUGGUUCAUGCUUCAGCCCAAGAUGGAGAUUGCCACUGAAAUUGGGCUGCAGUACAAAGGAGAAAUAAUAGUUGCUUUACGGUACACCCCACCUGAGAGGAACCUAACACUUCCCCUGGGAGAGAUUCAAGGAAAGAAGAGUUCAAAGAAAGAAAAGAAGUCAACCUCACAAGCACCAUCAGGAGGCAUAUUGGAAAUUGUCAUCAAGGAAGCCAAGAAUUUAAUGGCAGUGAAAUCAGGAGGCACUUCAGAUACAUUUGUAAAAGGAUACUUGCUUCCUGACAACAAAUCUUCAAAGCAUAAAACCCAUGUAAUAAAAAAGAGUGUGAAUCCGCACUGGAAUCAUAUAUUCAGUUUUAGUGGCUUGAACCCUAGAGAUAUAUACAAUGUCUGUGUAGAACUCACUGUUUGGGACAAGGAGCCUCUCACCAGCAACAUUUUCCUGGGUGGUGUUCGUUUGAGUAUUGGAAGUGGUAUAAGCAAUGGCAAAGAAGUUGACUGGAUGGAUUCUCAAGGAGAAGAGCGACUUCUUUGGCAAAGAAUGAUUGAUUGUCCUGGAGAUUCUGUAGAAGGUGUAUUAAUGCUGAGAUCCAGCAUGGGGAAACACAGACUCUGAGGAGUAUGGUUUGCAUAAGACUGAUACUACAGUAGUGUAAUUUUAAAUUGUAAUAAGCAGGGGUGGGAUUCAAAUUUCUUAACAACUGGUUCUGUGGGCGUGGCCUAAUUUGUGGAUGUGGC